UGACAUCCGACUCUAUCAGACGCGUUCUCGAGCAUUUUAUCGCUCAUUCUUCUUCAAACAAAUCUAAAAAAUUUUAAUUGAUUUCAAAGUUAAUUUUAUUUGGUUAAGCGACAAAAGUGUAGUUACAUUUUAAGCAAACAAUGAAGAAAAACAAACCAAUACUCUACGAUCCACAAAUAAUAAAUCGUGUGAAGCAGUAUUUGGAGGAGAAUGUGGAUAAAACCUAUUUAGAUGUGACGGUCAUGACCAAACACUUGCAAGACCGUUAUCCUGAAUAUGCACGCAGAAAAAUUGCUCCCUUUCGAUCCUUGGUAGAACAGGCUUAUCAUGCAGUGUCUCAAAGUUAUGGUUUGGAUGAUCAAGGUUCAAGUGGUGAUGAUUCUGAUGCCUCGGAUUUGGAAGUAAUGGAUGAUGCUUCCAACAAUUUGAUGAGCAGCAUGAUGAGCAACCUAUACGCCAAGUCAAAAAAUACAUCAUCUAGUGCAGCGCCAAAUAAGUCCUCGGCUGAAGCCAUAGAUAUCAGCAGUGAUGAAAGUGGAGAUGAAAGCAACCAAUCAAAAUCGAAUGGAAAAAGUUUGCCCAAAGCAGUCGCCGAUUUGCCAUUGUCCAAGAAUGCCGCUAUAACCGUUACUAAGAUACCCUCUUCCUCGAACCAAGAGUCCUCAUCCAAAGGCUCUUCAUCGGCAGCAUCGAAUGCUACCGAUUCAAAUCCUUUGCCGCCACUUCAACAUCAAGCUGGUCAAAAACGCCACGAGAACGCGGGGGGUGUAGGUGUUUCGGCAGCAGCAGGCCAGCCGUCGAAAAAACGUAAGUUGGAUGAUACAAUUAAAGAUUAUUCGCCUAUGUAUACGAAAAAUCAUCCUAUGACAAAUCAAUUCAACAAAUUAUUAGAGAAAAACGACAAUGCCAAUUCCCAAGCUUACAUGCAGCAAUUACAACGUCACACACAACAAUUGCGCCAGCAAUCGUUGAAUAAUCGUGGAAAUAGUAACGAAUCGGAUCGACCGUUUAAUCCUGCCUCCAACGUAGGCGGAGGCGUUGGCGGCGGCGGUGUUGGUGGUGGUGGACAGCGUGCUCGCAAAUACAAAAAGGAGAUACAGUUGCGCAAAUCACGGGAGACUUUUCAGGAUAUCGGUGGUAUGGAGAAAACGCUCAAAGAGCUAUGUGAGCUGCUCAUGCAUAUCAAAUCGCCAGAUAUAUAUUUUGUGCUGGGCCUCAUGCCUCCCCGAGGCAUACUGCUGCAUGGUCCACCAGGUUGUGGUAAGACAUUGUUGGCCCACGCCAUUGCUGGGCAAUUGACUUUACCUCUAAUUGAAAUUCCUGCAACCGAAUUGAUUGCUGGUGUCUCUGGGGAAUCGGAGGAACGUAUUCGUGACGUUUUUGAUCAGGCAGCCGCCUGUGCACCUUGUGUUCUGUUUAUUGAUGAGAUCGAUGCAAUAUCGUCAAAUCGUUCAAUGGCCCAAAGAGAUAUGGAACGUCGUAUUGUCUCUCAACUCAUAAGCAGUUUGGAUAAUUUGAAACUGAGCGAGGGUGGCCAAUCUGUUUUGGUAAUUGGUGCCACCACUCGUCCGGAUGUGCUAGAUCCAGCUCUUCGUCGUGUGGGACGUUUUGAUCAUGAAAUUUCCAUUGGCAUACCCACUCGUAAGGACCGCAAAGACAUACUCACCAUUAUAUGUGAAGGAUUGUCGGUUGAACAAAAGUGUGACUAUGAUAAGAUUGCAGAAUUAACACCAGGCUAUGUGGGUGCCGAUUUGUUGGCACUGGUCUCAAGAGCGGCCACGAUAGCAGUUAAGAGAAAGUGUUCCGAGCAAAUGAGAGCCUUCCAGCUUAAAGCCCAACGUAAUAUAACCAUUGUCGACUUGGACGAUGACAAUGAAGAAACGGAUAAUACCAAAAAUGAUAAAGAAAAAAAGACUAAAGAAGCCGUAAACGAUAAGGCGGCAGACAACGAGGACAAAAAAGAAGAUAAAGAAAAGGAAGAUGCAGAAAAAAUGUCGGUAGAAACAACAAAAGACAUUGAAAAGAAAAAUGCAGGGGAAAAGGAAAACAAAUCCGAGAAAUCAGAGGAAACAGUAUCGGAAGAUGUAGAAAUGGCAGAUGCCAGCAAGAAGAAGAAAGAUGAUGAAGUAGAAUCCCAGACAGCAGAUGCUACCACGGCAGAGAAGAAGUCUGACACCCCACCGAAAACUCAUCAAGACGGAGACAUUAAAGUACCCGAGCCAACCCUUUUUGAACUUCUCAACUGGCUUGAUAAUCCACCAGAAGAUAUAACUUUUGUAUCUGAGUUUUGCAUAACCCUAGACGAUUUUGUAGAAGCCGUUAAAGUUGUGCAGCCCUCAGCCAAGCGCGAAGGCUUUAUAACUGUACCAGAUGUUACCUGGGAUGAUGUGGGCUCCCUGCAAGAUAUACGCGAAGAAUUAAAAUUAGCCGUCUUGGCCCCAGUUAAAUUCCCAGAAAAGCUGGCUCGUUUAGGUUUAUCCGCUCCCUCCGGUGUACUGCUAUGCGGGCCGCCAGGUUGUGGCAAAACUUUGUUGGCCAAGGCCAUAGCCAAUGAGGCUGGAAUUAACUUCAUAUCGGUCAAAGGGCCGGAAUUAAUGAACAUGUAUGUUGGCGAAAGUGAACGUGCAGUCCGAGCUUGCUUUCAAAGGGCGAGAAAUUCUUCGCCUUGUGUUAUAUUCUUUGAUGAAUUUGACUCUUUGUGUCCCAAACGUUCCGAUGGCAACGAAGGUGGUUCAGGAACUCGUGUUGUAAAUCAGCUGUUAACUGAAAUGGAUGGUGUAGAGGACCGACAAGGUGUUUAUAUAUUAGCGGCCACAAAUCGUCCCGACAUAAUUGAUCCCGCCAUCUUGCGUCCCGGACGUUUAGAUACAAUUCUUUACGUUGGCUUGCCGGAACAACAGGAUCGUUUGGAAAUCUUGAAGGCUAGUACAAAGAAUGGAACACGUCCUGUUCUGGCAGAUGAUGUAGAUUUUGAAAUUCUUGCUUCCUUAACUGAUGGCUAUACUGGAGCCGAUUUAGCUGGACUUGUGCGACAAGCAUCAAUGAUAGCCCUUAAAGAAUCUUUGAAUAAUACCGAAGUGAAAUUGGAUGACUUGUGUGUAACGCAGGAACAUUUCAAUCAAGCUGUAAAAAUGUUAAGACCGUCUGUCAGUGCGCAGGAUCGUAAAGUGUAUGAUAAAUUGCGCUUAAAAUAUGCAGCACCUCGCAUUUCCAUUACUGAUUUACGUUCAGCUGAAUAAUAAUAAUAAUAAUAUUAAUUAUAAUACAUUAUAUAAUAAAUAAGUUUAAUUAUUAUUUCCAUUUUUUUUUCGAAAAGUGUAAAAUGUAUUUGUAUGCAAGUGUUAGUUAUAUGUAAUUAUAUAACAUUUAAUUUAACAUAAAUUCCAAAUUCAAAAACAUAAACAAAAAAAUGUUAAACAUUGUAACAGUGAAAACAAAAUCAUCAAUCGAAUCUUUUUGUAUAAGAUUACAAGGUACAAACUAACAGUUUGGCAUCAUAUAGCGUUUAGAAAAAGAAAACGGAAAAGAAUUGCUUAACAAUUCUGUAGAAGAAAAAGCCACAAAAAAAAUGUCCCAUACUAAUCUAAUGUAAUAAAUCCAAAAUCUGUGUAAUCGCUUUGAAGAUGAACAAUAUGUAUGUAUAUUUUACACAAUGCUACAAAGUAAUUUGUAUUCCAAAAUAAAAUGAUAGAACA